UCUGUAGCCGGAAAUGACGUCAGUUCGUGUUCGUCCUUUCCAGAAAAAAUGGCAGCUGUUGACAUCGACGUGCCGGUGGACACAGAGCCUCAAAUUCGCAAUCCGGAGGACAUGGAGCGCGAGGCUGAAGGCUUCAAAGAGCAAGGAAAUGCAUUCUACAGCAAGAAAGAUUACUCUGAGGCUUUCAACUAUUAUACUAAGGCCAUAGAUGCAAGCCCCAGAACAGCCAGUUAUUAUGGAAACAGGGCAGCCACCCUCAUGAUGCUCUUUCGAUUUCGAGAGGCCCUAGAAGAUUCCCAGCAGGCCGUGCGGCUGGAUGACUGUUUCAUGAAGGGUCAUCUACGUGAGGGCAAGUGCCACCUGUUGUUGGGAAACGCCAUGGCGGCCAAUCGCUGCUUUCAGAAGGUUUUGGAGCUGGAGCCCAGCAACAGAGAGGCCCAGCAGGAGAAUAAGACUGCAGGGACUCUGCUGGAGUACGAACGCAUGGCGGAUUUUGGCUUUGAAAAGCGGGAUUUCAGAAAGGUGGUGUACUGCAUGGACCGGGCCUUAGUUGUGGCUUCUGCCUGCCACCGCUUCAAAAUUCUGAAGGCUGAGUGUCUGGCUCUGCUGGGACGCUAUCCAGAAGCCCAGUCUGUAGCGAGUGAUAUCCUGCGAAUGGAUUCCACGAACGCAGACGCACUCUACGUCCGAGGCCUGUGUCUGUACUACGAGGACUGCAUCGAUAAAGCUGUACAGUUCUUUGUCCAGGCUCUGCGCAUGGCACCUGACCACGAAAAGGCCCGACUAGCAUGCAGGAAUGCCAAAGCCUUAAAAGCGAAGAAAGAUGAAGGCAACCAGGCAUUUAAGAACUGCAGCUAUGAAGCCGCCCACCAGCUGUAUACUGCGGCCCUGACGAUAGACCCCAACAACAUCAAGACCAACGCUAAACUCUACUGCAACAGAGCCACGGCAGGAGCAAAGCUGAGGAAACUUAAUGAAGCCAUUGAAGACUGCACCAGUGCCGUCAAACUAGAUGAUACUUACAUCAAGGCCUACUUAAGAAGAGCUCAGUGUUACAUGAACACAGAGCAGUAUGAUGAGGCCGUACGGGACUAUGAAAAAGUUUACCAGACAGAAAAGACAUCGGAGCACAAGCAUCUGCUGAAGACGGCACAGCUGGAGCUCAAGAAGAGCAAGAGGAAAGAUUACUACAAGGUGCUGGGGAUCGGCAAGAACGCCACCGAGGACGAGAUCAAAAAAGCUUAUCGCAAACGGGCCCUCAUGCACCACCCAGACCGCCACAGUGCAGCGACCCAAGAGGUGCAGAAGGAGGAGGAAAAGAAAUUCAAGGAGGUGGGCGAGGCCUUCACUGUGCUCUCCGACCCAAAGAAGAAGAACCGCUACGACAGUGGACACGACCUGGACGAUGAAAGCUCCUUUGAUGGCGGAGAUUUUGAUGCAAACAACAUCUUCAGGGCUUUCUUUGGCGGCCAUGGUGGUGGUGGAGGAGGAGGAGGGGGAGGGGGAGGAUAUAGUUUUGAUUCCAGUCCAGACUCUGGACCUGGAAAUUUCUUUUUCCAAUUUGGCUAAAGUGAAGGAGCAUGUGGGAAAAUGCAGCCCUGCAGUGGACAGAACUGAACAAGAUCAAGUUGGACCCACAGUCACCUCCUGAUGCUCAUACUCCUGAGUGUCUCGCAAAAAUGUCCCCACCAUUUUUUUUUUUUUUUUCCCCCCAAGAGGUUUUGGAUUAUUCCAUUCACUCUUAAACUUGCUCCCUCACCAUUGAUCCUAACAAAAAUUGGGAAAGAUAAUUCGGAGACUUUAGCUAAGAAUUAACGUUGUAAAUAAAGAAGUGCUUAAGAAGUCUUUUUUUUUUUUUUUAAGAGGUUUGGAUCAGCCGAUCAUAGCAUGUCCCUGUUGCCAAAAUCAAAAUGAUAUUAAAUUUGAAAUCUUGUAAAACUGCUUCAACCUUCAUAAAGGUGACCAGUGGUAAGAAAUUCAUUGGAAGUGAAAGCAUCAUGGUUGAUUAGUUUUAGAAGAUAUAACAUGGCAUACGUUUUUAAGGUUCUCCUGGGACAGCAUGUCUCUAUAGAGCAAGAGUCAAUGUACUGUGGAAGUUCAAUGUCAAAACUGACCUCAGGACAGCCUGUUUAGGACAACACCGGUUUCUUGCGAACGCGUGUUCAGGUUUAAUUGGCUCACUUGCCAAAAUAUAGAAUCGACGUGCAGGGUUUUUGUUUUCUUCUCCAUGCUGCAUUGUAUAUUUGACUCGAAUGUAAAGCGUUUUGUCCAUACAUCUUUUUUUCUUCAGUUUUCCCUUGGUCUAUUUAUAUUUAUUGUACUGUAUAUUCUAACCUGUAUACAGCAGAAUGCCAGUGUUCAUUGUCUUCCUUCUUCUUUUUUUUAAGAGACUCAUUUGUAAAUGUGUUCCACACAUCCUCUUUGCUCUCAGAUUGUGCAAAGUUUUAUUUUUUUCGUGUUUUUUUUUUUCUGAAACAGGCCAAAAUCAGCACACAGACCUACAGAUUUCUUUCUCUUUAAUGCACCAAGCACACAUCUGCCCCACUGUCCCAUUGAAUUUCAAGUGGUGCCUUACCAGAAUAAGCAGAUGAGUUAAUCUUCUUGCAGUAAAAGCAUACAUCGGAAGCUGAAGAGUCCCAUUUGCAAAAGGCAACAGCUACACUUGUAUAGCAUGUUGGUUUUUUGUUUGUGUGCCCUUUCACAGGACUCGUUUCAUAACUGGCCAGUGAACUAAAUUAAGUUUUUGCAAGGGAAUUCUUCAUCCCAUCAAACAUAAAUAACUUCAUUUCAUCUCAUUGUUAAUCACACCUGGCUGUCAUCCACCCAUUCUUGUUAUGCACGUUCUGUCAGUACAGCCCUUUCCCUACUUGUUCCACCUGUUUUUAAAGGGACACUUAAAGUAGGUUGGAAGCUUCUAUUGUUAAUUGGUCUUUCACUGAUCUAUGUAUCAUUUUUAAAACUUGUCACAGUAUUAUUGACAUGCUUUUCUUAAUGCGAAAAUAAAGGCUCGUCUUUUACUGUAA